UUAUAUCGUAAAGACCCUAGUUUCAUAUUUGCAUAACGAUAUGGAUGAAGAAUGCCAGAUAAGCAAAUCCAGCAGGUAUGUAAGUUGGAGAAAUAGACCAGCUAUCGAAGGCCAACAUGGUGGCAUAGUUGCAGCAUCAUUUGUGUUAGUUGUGGAGGUAUUGGAGAAUCUAGCAUACCUGGCCAAUGCAAGCAACCUUGUGCUCUAUUUGUCUAAAUUCAUGCACUUCACUCCGUCCAGUUCUUCCAACGUCGUUAGCAAUUUCAUGGGCACAGCCUUCCUCCUCGCUAUCCUUGGUGGUUUUUUAGCUGAUGCUUUCUUCACCACUUAUUGUAUCUAUCUGAUAAGUGCUACAAUCGAGCUCAUGGGCCUUCUAAUACUGACAUUGCAAGCGCAUACACGUUCUUUGAAACCAGAAAGUUGCAUAUCAGCCAACAGGAAUGCCAAGUGCCAGGAAGCUGAAGGCGGUAAAGAAGUGCUUUUGUUUAUAGGCCUUUAUUUGGUGGCAUUAGGUGUUGGUGGAAUCAAAGGUUCUCUUCCACCUCAUGGAGCUGAACAAUUUGACGAAGAGACGUCUCAGGGAAGGAAGCAAAGAUCAUCAUUUUUUAACUACUAUGUUUUUAGUCUUGCUUGUGGUGCACUCAUUGCAGUGACAUUCGCAGUGUGGAUUGAGGACAACAAAGGAUGGCAGUGGGGUUUUGGUAUCUCUACCUUGGCAAUUUUGAUCUCUAUCCCAAUUUUUCUACUUGGUUCCAUGGUUUACAGGAUCAAAGUUCCCGCAGGAAGUCCUAUUACAACCAUAUGUAAGGUCAUUGGUGCAGCGAUUUUCAACACUUUCUCCAGUAAAGCCAGAAAUGCUGUUGUUAGCACAAACCCAUCACCCACAUCAAACUCAAGGGAAAGCUAUGAAGAGGCUGAUGAAGUGAAAGAUAACAUAACAGAAGAUUUCGGCUUUCUCAGUAGAGCAGUUAUCAACAAGUCUUCUUUUCAAACAUUAAAGGUCACCAUUAAACAGGUGGAAGAGGUCAAAAUAGUCCUUAAGAUCUUCCCAAUAUUCAUGUUAACCAUAAUGCUUAACUGCUGCCUUGCUCAGCUCUCUACCUUUUCUGUUCAACAAGCAGCCACCAUGAACAGUAAGAUCGGCUCCUUCCGGGUCCCACCAGCUUCUCUCCCUGUAUUCCCUGUACUCUUCAUUAUGGUACUAGCACCAAUGUAUGAUCAUGUUAUAAUCCCAUUUGCACGGAGGAUAACUAAAACAGAAAUGGGCAUAACUCAUCUACAACGAAUAGGGAUCGGGUUGUUUUUAUCCAUAAUGGCCAUGGCAGUUGCAGCAUUAGUGGAAAACAAACGCAAACGAGUGGCUUAUCAAAAUGCUCUAAUGAACUCCAAUGAGCCUUUACCAAUCACUUUCCUUUGGAUUUCUUUGCAGUACUUGUUCCUUGGAUCAGCCGAUCUUUUCAGCUUGGCUGGGAUGAUGGACUUUUUCUUUACAGAAGCCCCAUUUAGCAUGAGAUCAUUGGCAACAUCUCUCUCUUGGGUUUCAUUAGCAAUGGGUUACUAUCUUAGUUCAGUUCUCGUUUCAAUAGUGAACCAUGUUACAGGCACGUUCCAUCACAAGCCAUGGCUCUACGGCAUCAACUUGAAUCAUUAUCGUCUUGAAAGAUUUUAUUGGUUAAUGUGUGCAUUAAGCAGCCUCAACUUUCUUGGGUACCUCAUGUGGGCUAAAUCCUACAAGUAUGGAUCAAAAAGCACCAAUGAUGCGAAUGACUCCCAAAUGCUCUGCAAGUCAUCAGGAGUCUGAUAUUUUUAGUAUAGGUGGUAACUUGUUCGCUAUAUAUCUACCCAUCGAUUGCCAUGUAUGUUUCUUAGUAUUUAUAGAAUUAAACCAGGCCUGAUAUUGCAUAAUUUAAGAUGAAAAGAGCAUCAAUUAUGUAUAA